AUGGAAGCGUUUGGUUCCAACCGAAGCCAGAAUACGAGUGCAAAUGACCUCACGACGGAUGACAAACAUGCAACAAUCUACGAAACUGUUUUUAUAAUCCUGUCGGUCCUAAUCGCGAUUAGCAACGCAACUGUACUACUAUUAUAUCAUAUAAAUCCUCGUAUACGUUCGACCAAGAAUUUACUUUUGGCCAGUUUAGCGUUAUCCGAUUUAUGUGCAGGUACAGUGGUUAUUCCUAUUACACUAAAAUGCUUUGAAGGACAUCAAUGGAACGUGUGCAUUGCGUCCUCAGUUCUGUUCCGAUUUAUUGCGUUCUCGAGCAUUCUCCAUAUCCUUGCGAUUAUUUUCGAGAAAUAUAUCAGCAUUCUACACCCUUUCUGCGACGUUCAAAAGAAACAUCUUCGCGUUGUAAGUGGCUGUAUUUGGUGCGGAUCUUGUGCGGUCGCUAUACUUCCACUGGUAUGGCUACACGACGGCGAGUCAGUGGAUACCGACUUCAUUAGAAAAGAACUCGUCUAUUUUACCGUGACAUUUGUUGCUUUCUUUGUUGCACCUUUUCUUCUUAUCGUGUUUGCUCAAGUUCGAAUGCUUAGAGCCAUUUCUCGUUCGUUUAGUUUUAUCGAUGAAAGCGCAACAUUGCCAGGAAGUCCUGUUGAAAGUUUCAGCCUCACAUCUACUCGUAGUCCAGUUAGAUCUCAGAGUGACUCAAUCAAGGAGUCAGAAUCGUCUAGAAUAUCACCCACACAUAAUCGUAAGGUUUUAAAAGCAUUCGCAUUGAUGUUAGGGUCGUUUACAGUUUGCCGGCUAACCUGGUACCUUGGAGUUUUUCUCGCGUACAUUGAUACUGAAAAUUUUCGUAAUUCAGUUUCAGUAGAUUUCAUGCAAAUGACUCAUCUUCUUGUCUUCAUGCCUUCGCUCAUUAAUCCAUUGUUAUAUACGUAUUAUAAACAAGACUUUCGUCAAGCUUUGCAAGCUCUUCUAAAGAUCUCGUUGAAAACGCUCUGUCAUUGAACUAUUUAGAAUUAACAAUAUCAUUUAACACAACUAAAAUAAAAAAUUGAACUGCCGUAC